GUCGUCUCUUCUCCUCCUCCUCACCUGCCCUCGCACCGCAUAAAAACAAGCGUUUCCUUUCUUUUUCGUGCACGGACGCCCGAAGCUACCACGCAAGCCGCGCGAGGGGAGCCAGACAAGUACGGAGCAGUGGAGUGGAGUACUUAACAGCUGCUAGCUGAGCACAAUAGACACAAACGGCCGGCUUGGCUCAGUGGUCUUUCUGUGCUCUGCUCUCGCUUCACUCUGCGAGGUUAGUCAGCUCGGCGAGGAGCGAGUGGUACGCGGCAAUGGCGGUGGUGGCCGGCGUCGAGGGUAAGCCGCUGAGGCUGAAGGAUCUCCUGGAGCUGGACUGCGACUCGUGCAGCGCCGCCGGCUUCCGCUGCUACCCGCGCCAUCUCUGCGCCCCAGCAGCGGCGCCGCUGCGGGCGCCCCACGACGCCGUCCAUGAGGCGGCCGAGGCGCCUCGCGGCCUCGGGCGAUCGCCGUCCCUGCGGCACCCCUUGCUCUCGAUCAGGAGCCUCUCGCGCCGGCUCAGGGACGGCUUCAGCUGGAGGCGCCGGGACGAGGAGAACGCGGCGGCACCGGUGCCCGCCGCGAGCAACAGCAGCAGCAGCAGCAGCGUCUCCGACUCGGAGUCGUCGGAGUCGGGGUCGUCGACCGAGAGGAAAUCCGAGUCCGACUUCUCAGCAAGCUCGACGGAGAGCCUGCACGCCGGCGCCGCCACCGCCGGCACCGCCUGCAAGAGAGAAGAAGACAAGGAGGCGAUGGUGAGGGAGUCCAAGGAUGGCGACGACAAGGAGCAGCUCAGCCCGGUGGCGGUCAUGGACUUCCCGUUCGACGACGACGACGACGACUGCGGCGACGACCCCGUGGAGGAGGAGGAGGAAGGGAGCGCGUGCUCCACCUCCUUCAGCGACAGCCUCGCGCAGCUUCACCAGAGGAGAAAUAUACAGAUGCACUACAAGAUCAGGCGACGGUGCGGGAGCAUCGGGGAGGUCGGGGCCGUGGACCUCGACGAAAGCUUCGCCGCCUCGGACCACGACGACCCCGGCAGCGUCCCGGUACGGCAGCCGGAGUGUUUCUGCUCCGACGACGGCGCAGCAACGACGCCGUCACUCCCCGACGGUCACUGGAGCGUCGACGCAUGCCAAGAUCCUAGGAGGCAGAACCUUCUCCCGCUACAAACGGACGCCGUCUCCGAGCGGCUCCUACUCGACUUCUUCGCGGAGACGCGGAAGAACGGCACGUCGGAAAACUUUGAAGCGGCGGCGAGGAUGGCCGAGGGAUGGAUCCAGGGCACGGGGGCUCGGUGGGGUCUCAAGGAGGUGUUGUGCGGCCGGGAGCACCUUCUGGCGGAGAUGGACCGGAGCCAACGGUGGUCAGCACGCCUUGGAGAGGUGGAAGAGGUCGGCGUGGUUGUGGCGGGCUUGCUCAUCGACGAGCUGGUGGCCGACCUGCUCACGGAUCUGCUUCUGUUCACAGGCAUGUUCAGAUGUUAGCUCGGGGUAUCAGGGCGUCUCGAAACACGGCCCUCAAACGGACACUGUAUUUGUUUGGGACUGAUCCGUCGACAAAGAUGCGAGAGUCAGUCAACCAGCGUUGUUCCUUAAGCUCAAAACAAUAGCAUGUCAAAUCUUCGAUGAAUGGAAACUACUUAAAUGC